AUGAACCCGUCAGAACCGAAAGCCAUACACACAGAAGGAGGUAUGCAUCCCUUAGUUUCAAGAGAUAUGGACAGUACAGACUUACAGCCAAUACCCGGGACAAGGUCGCCUUCACCGAAGGAAACAAGCAACCAUGAAGACGUGGAAAUCGAAGACUAUACCAUCGGCGACCAAACAACACUACAAAGAAUAAGUAAAGAUUAUUUGAAACCUAAUCUCGGGCUCGUUCUCUUGACAGUAUCAUAUUUUUUCAACUCUGCCAUGGUGGUGUCUACCAAAGUCCUAGAGAAUGACCCCGAAGAUAUUGCCAAUGAUACACAGAUCAAGCCACUUCAAAUCUUAUUAGUUAGAAUGGUAAUAACGUAUAUUGGUACGUUGAUAUACAUGUAUAUUAAUAAAAGUACCAUUUCAGAUGUGCCGUUCGGCAAGCCUGAAGUACGUAAAUGGUUGAUACUUAGAGGUUGCACUGGAUUUUUCGGUGUGUUUGGAAUGUAUUACUCGUUGAUGUACUUGACCAUAAGCGAUGCAGUCUUGAUAACGUUUCUAUCGCCAUCGUUGACAAUAUUUUUAUCGUGGCUUAUCCUGAGGGAGAGAUUUACCAGAGUGGAAGCGCUAGGUUCGCUGGUUUCAUUAAUGGGCGUGGUGUUGAUCGUGAGACCAUCGUUCUUAUUUGGAGUGCCCGAAAUGACAGACUCUUCGUCUCAAAUAGUGGAGUCUUCAGACCCGAGAUCAAGACUCAUUGCCACUUUGGUCGGGUUGUGGGGUGUCUUGGGAAUGAGCUGUGUCUACAUCAUUAUCCGUUACAUCGGUAAAAGAGCCCAUGCUAUAAUGAGCGUGAGCUACUUUUCAUUAAUCACAGCGUUGGUUUCAUUUAUCGGUAUUAACACAAUUCCUUCAAUGAAGUUCCAGAUCCCACAUUCCAAAAAGCAAUGGAUAUUAUUCGCUAAUCUAGGUAUUUCCGGAUUUAUUUUCCAGCUCCUGCUGACUCUGGGAAUUCAAAGAGAACGUGCUGGGAGAGGAUCGCUUAUGGCAUACACCCAGCUGAUUUAUGCCGUGUUCUGGGAUGUCGCAUUGUACAAGCAUUGGCCAAAUAUGUGGUCGUGGUUUGGCAUGAUAAUUAUCAUCACCGCUACGUUAUGGGUGAUAAGGAUCCGGUCAGCCAAUAACGAAGCUAUCGCUAAGGAUCUUACUCCGAUACUUGAAGACGAGGAAAAUUCCAUACCGUUGACAGAUUUCGAUAUGUCGGACUCUAAGUGA